GGAUAAUUGAAGGUGUUGAAGACUUCUCGUUACAGCUGAUUGGGAAGAGUCGAAGAUUUUAAUGAAAAUCAUGGAUCUCAUGAUCAUGGUGUUCCAGAAAAUGCAUCUGCUACUCCUAUUAACACCAGUGGCUUCAUCAGAAACCCCAGUUGGUGGAUCCCAGAUUACAAUUCCUGAUGUCAAUCCAAUUGCUCAAAGUGAAACUACUAUUGUUGCUCCUCCUAUCCUAAUGGAAGCUGCACAAAGGUACAUUGUGGACAUCAAUGUGUUGGUGCCAACUAAAAGCAUUCAUUCAACUAAAAGCAUUCAUUUCUACAUCGUCGUUCGUGUGAUGACUAUAUGGAAAAUGUACCAUACUCAAAAUAUGAAGGAUGUCAAAUCACUUGAGUUGGCUUUGGUUGAUGUUCAGGGUUCCAAAAUCCAGGUUACUAUACCUGCUCGAAUCAUAAAAGAUUUUGUUAAGUAUUUCAAAGAACACAGAAUCAUAAAAGAUUUUGUUAAGUAUUUCAAAGAACAAGGUGUUUGUAGGAGGCUUUCGCUUUAAUAUUAAUAGAGGUUACCGUUGCUCCAAACGAGUAUAAGAUACUGUUUGGAUGUGACACAUUGGUGAACAAUGUUGUUGACUUUGAAACCAGUAAAAAUGUUUUUGGAUACACUCCUGUUGUUGAC